AAACGUGCUCGACCUCGAUGUCUUGUUCAUAGGCUGUCAUGUUUAUCGAUGUCUCUGUGUAUGCCAAAAGAUGAUCGAACCCGAAAUUCAUGAUGAUCUCGGAUGAAUUGGAAGGCGGGUUUCGGACGAACGACCAAACAUCAAAAGGUGCUUCGCAAUGUCCGAUGUCUGAGGAGUUAUCUCCAAGUCUCGAUUGCUUCUCGGUCGGUACAUUCUAUUCGUCCUUGACCGAAGUCAUGAUUGUUGAUAUAAGUGCUACCACCCUCAAACUGUGACAUUUACCUAUUCUAGCUUUCAAUCCUGGCACCCCAACCUAGGUUACCACGAAAGGUCUUUCUUAACUGCAAAAGUCACGAGGUCGACCACUGGCAAGCAGAGAUGUCCGAACUCAAAGAAGCCCCGAUCGAGGUCACCAAGCCUGAAGAAGACGUAUUUAUUGCAGAUGAAUAUGUACAUGGUACUCGAUUGAUCGCUUUAACUAUAUCCCUCAUGCUCGGCAUGUUCUUGGUGGCGCUCGAAAAUACGAUCAUCGGCACCGCUAUACCCAAAAUUACCGACGAGUUCCAUGACCUGAACAAAGUGUCCUGGUACGGUGCGGCAUACUUUAUGACUUUUGGAGGGUUCCAAUCAACUUGGGGGAAGCUUUACAAAUACUUCCCACUCAAGCUUUGGUUCCUUAUCGCUAUGCUAGUCUUUGAAGUUGGGAGCCUGGUUUGUGGAGUAGCUCAAAAUCCGACUACCUUGAUUGUUGGCAGAGCAGUUGCGGGUGUCGGCGGCUCCGGAGUCGCUGUUGGUGUAUUCACAAUGCUUGGGUUUGCUGCGCCCCCUGAGAAGCGUCCCCAACUUCUAGGCUUCACGGGAGCAACAUAUGGCAUCGCCGCAGUUUUAGGUCCACUUGUCGGCGGUGCUUUUACAGACAAAGUGACAUGGCGUUGGUGUUUCUACAUUAACCUGCCCAUAGGUGGGCUGGCAGCUCUCAUUGUCUUCAUCUUUUUCAGAGUCCCUCAUACCGCCAAGCCUGCGCAAGCAUCGAUGAGGGAAAAAUUACUGCAACUGGAUCUCGCUGGAGCAGGUCUCAUGAUGGGCUUGAUCGUCUGUUACAUACUGGCGUUGCAAUAUGCCGGUCAAACGCAUCCCUGGAAGAGUGGUCAAGUCAUUGGACUGCUGAUUGGCUUCGUCGCUAUCGUCGCAGUCUUUAUAUCCUGGGAGAUUUUUCAGAAAGAGCGUGCCAUGAUUGUUCCACGGCUGUUUAUGAAGCGCUCCGUCUGGGUAGGCUCUGUCUUCAUGUUCUUCUUCGGCGGCGCGUAUUUCACAUUGCUCUACUAUCUUCCGAUCUACUUCCAGAGCAUCCACAACACUAGUCCCAUUGGAUCUGGUGUCAGAAUGCUCGCACUAAUAAUACCUUUGACAAUCGCUGCUAUCUUACAGGGCUUUGCGUUGUCUAAAAUUGGCAUCGUGCCUUUGUUCUGGAUCGUUGGCGGUGCGAUAGGCACGAUAGGAUGCGGUUUGUUCUACACAAUGGAUGCUCACACCUCUGUUGCCAAAUGGAUUGGCUAUCAAAUCCUGGUUGGUUUUACCAGUGGCUGGACUUUUCAGGUCGCUAUUGCCAAUGCGCAGGUUCAUGCCAAGCCUGAGGACUUAUCGCAGGUCUCUGCCAUCGUCAAUUUCUUCGUCACCAUCGGUGGCUCUUUCUUCAUAUCUGCAGUACAAUGUGCUUUCAACAAUCAAGUGAUCAAGGAACUCGUCAAGAAUCUGCCCGGAACCUCGCCAGCGAUGGUUCUUGGAAUUGGCGCAACACAGAUACGUCAGGAAUUCACGGCCUUGCAAGUCCCCAUCGUCCUUGAUGCGUACAUGGUUGGAUUGAAGGCCGUCUUUGCGGUCACGACUGCCGCUUUUGGCAUAUCCACAUUCAUUGGCGCUUUCGGCAGUUGGAAAAGGCUUAAUGAGGACGAGAUGAAGAAAGCCGCUGGUGGUACCGCAUGAUUGAGGAUCUGGACCGACCACACAGACGUCGAAGCAAGGUAUCCAGUCCCAGGAGAACAAAGAAGCAUUGAUCUGGAAGUUGUUGAGAAAGCGCGGGUAUGCGUGAGGAGCAGUGACAUGAUCAUGGAGGCUCCAAUGAUCAGCCAGACUAAUCAAGACUAAAAGAAGAUAUCAAUUCCAUGAAUUACUGCAAAUAGAGAGCUUGUCCUCGGUAUCACAUCACACUGGUUGGC